AGAUGACAAACUGCAGGCAGAAUUUGUAUGCGGAACAUUUGCAAAAUGUGAAAUCAAAUAACAACCAAGAAAAAGGGAGCAUAGGGAGCAUAGCGAGUUACUGCCCCUACAUAACUAUGGAAACGCAAAGAAUGAUUCUAACCUCGUGAUCAUCACUUCAAGGACAAACUAUUAUUUAUUUAAUGUCUAAUGUCUAUAUCUUCAGCAAUAGUGAGAGAUGACGACUCUUGGCAGGUUUGUAGACCAGCAUGUAGACAAAAUAAAUAGUGAGCCAAAGCAUUGGGCGACGGAUAUCAAUAUGACUAUUUUUUUAAUUCCUUGGCCACCUUAUGAAGAACCAAGUGCCGGCUAAUUUACUAGAUGGCUGGAUGCUUCUGGCAUUUCAUAACAGUAUAAUGAGAUAAUAACAAUACAGGAAAACAUAGGGUGUUGUACAUAAUUAAACAAAUGAAUUAUCCAGUCCCUUCUGAAUGGCGUCUGCUGAAAAUGAACGCACCUGAAUGGGGACGUGCCUUGAUUGGAUGCUUGGCCGCGAUAGGUGCUGUAGCUAUUCAACCUAUUAAUGCUUACUGUGUGGGAUCACUAGUAUCGAAAUACUUCCGCAGUGACAAAUCUGCUGUAAACAAUAAGUCCAACAUAUCGGCAUUGAUUUCUGUAGUUAUUGGUGCUCUCAACUUCAUCACCAGCCUCCUUCAACAUUAUAAUUUUACAGUUAUGGGUGAGAGGUUGACAAAAAGAGUACGCAAGAAACGGCAAGCAAAGCUGAUGACUUAUGAGAUGGGUUGGUUUGAUGAUGAUGAGAAUACUAGUGCAGCAAGUUGUGCAAGGCUAGCCACUGAAGCCAGCAUUUUUUGGUCCCUUUUUGGGGAUAGGAUGUCAUUGCUAGAACAAACUUUCUUUGGUUCUGUCUUUGCAUAUGCACCAGGACUUGUUCUCACAUGGAGGAUAACCCUUGUUGUGAUUGAUUAAAGACUGUUUUGAUGAAAAGUGAGGCCGGGAAAGCACAAAAAGCACAAAUGGAAGGAAGCUAACUAGCAAGGAAGCCGUUAUUAACCACAGAACUAUGGCUGCAUUCUCUUCUGAGAAGAGAAUGUUGAGGUUUUUCAAAGCCACCUUCAGAGGUCCUGAAGAAGAAAGUGUUAAAACACUUCAGGUUUUGGCCUGUUUAGCUCCCAAGUUUUUUAACACAGCUUUUAUCACACUAACAUACUGGUAUGGUUGGAGCUCAUGACAGAACGGUUAACAACUUCAUAGCACCUUUUCCUAGCAUUUUUAUACUUCUUUUCACUGCUUAUGUCAUCAGAAGCUGGAAGCAUGACUAAUGAUUUAUCCAAAGUUGGCAAUGCCAUUCGAGCAGUAUAUGCAAUUCUCGAUAGGAAAAGCGAGAUUGAUUCAAAUAACUCGUUGGGUACUUCAAACAUCAAGAGAAAGCUAAACAUCCAAGUGGAGCUCAACAAUGUCU